AUGUCAUCCUUGGACGCGCGCGUCCAACCCAACAACGUGAGGUUGGGAGAACAAAAAGACGCCUCCAGCCCAAAGAGCACGGCACGGCAGACCGAGCGCAGCGGCCGGGUAGGGCUGCGGGCGGCGGCUGGCGAAGCCCGCGGGAAGGAAAGCAUGGAUCCUGGCCCUGCUUCCUCGGCCCUCCUGCACGCAGCACAGCCGCGCGCAGCGGGGGAGGAGAGAAGGGAGGCACGGCGGGCACGGGUGCCAGCCUCCGACACCGCGUGGAUCGUCCGCUCUGGAGCGGUGACGGAGCUCCGGCAGCGCAGAUCUUGCGAUGGCGGCCGAGCCUUCACCAGCGACGGUGCUCAACCUUGA